UCCGGUGAAGACUAUCCGGGCGGAGUCAAUGCUCUGCUGGUGCGGCUUGCGACCCAGCUGUGCUUGGAGACCGGAAGUAGCUUGUCACCCUCACUCGCAGCAAUUCCGAUGACUGUCCACAAUCUGUACCUGUUUGACCGGAAUGGAGUGUGUCUACUUUACAGCGAGUGGCACCGCAAGAAGCAAGCGGGGAUCCCUAAGGAAGAGGAGUACAAGCUGAUGUAUGGGAUGCUCUUCUCCAUUCGUUCCUUCGUCAGCAAGAUGUCCCCGCUAGACAUGAAGGAUGGCUUUCUAUCUUUCCAAACUAGCCGGUACAAACUCCAUUACUACGAGACGCCCACUGGAAUCAAGGUUGUCAUGAACACUGACUUGGGCGUGGGACCUAUCCGAGAUGUGCUACAUCACAUCUACAGUGCGCUGUAUGUGGAGCUGGUCGUGAAGAAUCCCCUGUGCCCACUGGGACAGACCGUGCAGAGUGAGCUCUUUCGCUCCCGGCUGGACUCCUAUGUCCGAUCUUUGCCCUUCUUCUCUGCCCGGGCUGGCUGAGACAUCUACCUCACCCCUCAGAAGAAUCUGUGACUGUCUGGACCCUUGUGACUUGGGGCACCCUGAGCCCCUCCACCUCCCUGUCUCCCCCAAGAGCGUCAACCUGAGGACCCACCACCCACUGCCCCCAAGUCAUAAGAACGAAGCCCAGAGGAGCCCUUGACAGUUUUAUCCCCUGCUUGACUCUAUGAGGACCACAGAAUAAACUCUUUGUCACCUUC